AUGAGCACGACAUUGAGUUUUGGCAAACAUAAGUCCAAGUUGAUUGAAGAUGUAUAUGCAUCUGAUCCUGGCUACUGCCGCUGGCUACUGAAUCAAAAGAUUCUUAUCGAUUCCAACCCAGCAGUCGCCGAUUUCUUGAAGUCCAAAUUUACUAACGAUGACGGAUCGUUUCUAAUGACUUUCGGUAAGUACAAAGGCAAGACCAUUAAGCAGAUCCAAGGUAUUGAUGAUAACUACAUCGAGUGGAUGAAAAAAAAUGACUUCAUUAAUGACAAGAUGCCUAAGCUGAAGGCUGCACUCGAUGAGCUAGCUUAA